AUGAAGCAGGUUGCUUUCUGGACCGCGCUGGACUUCACUUGCCGUCUGCUGGGGGUCACCACUGGAGCAGUGCUUAUUGGGGUGGGGGCCCAGACGCUGCUGCAGGGGCAGUUCAAAAGCCUGGCCGUCUACCUGCUUUUUUCAGGAAUUGCCAUUUCGGUAUAUGAAGCAGCCUACUUCGCCAGCCUCCUCCUGGCAGCCUGCUCAGCCCUCCCAGUGAGAUUCACGAGACACGCUUGCUGGAAGGAAGUCCGACGUUGCAGGGCCUUCCAGAAGUUCCUGGCCUAUGUGCUACUCUCGGUCGCUUGCUUCCUGCACCCUGUACUCGUUUGGCGGGUCACAAUCCCAGGAACGAUGCUGGUGCUUACUGGUUUGGCCUAUUUCCUACUCAGCAAGCGGCGCAAAGAAACAUUGGCCAAUGGACCGUUGGGCCAAUGCAGGGACAGUUGCCACGCCGCCACGGCCGAGGGGGGUGUAAAUGACACGGAGCAGACAUACACUUUCCCCAGAGGAUCACGCAGAGGGCGACAGGGCUCCCUCCUCGGAUAUGUACGGAGCAUCCUCAGAGGCUGCCGGAGCCAGGAAGGUGUGGCGAACUCUUCCAACAUACCGACGGCGAGGAGGCAGGUGUACUUUGAGGAGAAGGCGGUGAACAUUGUCCUCUCCGUCCAAGAUAACGCUGAAAGCCCGGCUGAGGAAAGCGUGUCCGACACCGUCCCUAUCCUCGGCCCCACGGCUGUGACAUCCCCAUAG